AUGGCCACCAAGACGGCCGGAGGCAAUAAUGCCUUUCACAAUUUCCACAACGACUUCGCGCACAUCGAAGAUCCCAAUGAGCGUCGACGUCUCGCGCUCGCGGAAAUCGACAAGGCGCCAUUUGGAUGGUACCAUAUCCGGGCCAUUCUCGUUGCUGGCACUGGCUUCUUCACCGACAGCUAUGACAUCUUCUGCGUGUCGCUGUUGACCAUCAUGUUGGGCAUCGUAUACAAGCACGACAACAAGGGCACCCUCACGACUCAACAAGAUACCGCCAUCAAGCUGUCGACAUCUGCUGGCACCGUCAUUGGCCAAUUUGGUUUCGGUGCGCUCGCUGAUAUCGUCGGCCGCAAAAAGAUGUAUGGACUCGAAUUGAUUCUAAUUAUCAUCGCCACGCUCGCCCAGUCACUCGUUGGUCCUGGCCCAGGAACUUCAGUCGUUGGUCUGAUCAUUUUCUGGCGUGUGCUCAUGGGUAUCGGUAUUGGCGGUGAUUACCCUCUAUCGAGUAUCAUCACCUCUGAGUUCGCUACCACCAAGUGGCGAGGUGCCAUGAUGGGCGCGGUUUUCGCCAUGCAAGGCUUUGGCCAGCUUGGUGGUGCUCUCGUCAUGCUUUGCCUCGUUGCUGGUUUCAAGCACAAGUUGGAACCUGCGAGCGGUUACGGCACCUGCACUGGCGAUUGCCAGAUUGCUGUCGAUAAGAUGUGGCGAGCCCUCAUCGGAAUUGGAGUGGUUCCUGCAUGCAUCGCUCUUUACUACCGCCUCACCAUACCCGAAACUCCUAGGUAUACCUUCGACGUCGCUCGUGAUGUCGAGAAGGGUAACGAGGACGCAAAGCACUACCUUUCUGGUAAGAAAGGCGAAGGAUCACCGGACGAGAUUACCCAGGUGCAGGCUCGCCGUCAAUCUGUCGCACAGCUCGAUGUCCCUAAAGCUUCAUUCGGGGACUUCUUCAGGUUUUACGGAAAGCUCAAGAACGGCAAGAUCCUUUUCGGAACCGCCAUGUCGUGGCUUCUGCUUGAUGUCGCCUUUUACGGUCUUGGUCUGAACUCGUCCACGGUCCUUCAAGCAAUCGGCUACGCUGGCGGAGACAAUCUCUACCACAAACUCUUCAGAUUGGCUGCAGGUAACUGCAUCCUCGUCUGCGCAGGCGCCAUCCCCGGAUACUGGCUUGCUGUUGCCACCAUCGAUACUGUUGGACGCAAGCCCCUCCAACUUGCUGGUUUUACCUUACUCACAAUCCUCUUCAUCAUUUGGGGAUUUGCCUACCAUCACCUCAGCGGCCACGCCAUGCUGGGCAUCUACAUUCUGAUCCAACUCUUCUUCAACUGGGGUCCAAACUCCACUACCUUCAUCGUCCCCGGCGAGUGCUUCCCAACCCGCUACCGUUCCACGUCGCACGGUAUCUCUGCUGGUAUGGGUAAGAUUGGUUCGAUCAUUGCCCAGGGUGCCAUUGCACCUCUACGAACCCGUGGCGCUACUGCCAAAGUCGCCAGCCCAUGGCUCAACCACGUCAUGCAAAUCUUCGCUGCUUUCAUGUUCGCCGGUAUCUUUACCACUCUUCUGAUACCAGAAACAAAGCGGAGGACGCUAGAAGACUUGGCUCAGGACUGGGAUAUGGGCAAUGAGAGCAUUACUGGUGGUGAGCAUGCGAAGCAUGUCAACCGUAGCAGUGACGAAGGUGUCACGGAGAUCAAGUCUUAG